ACAAGAAGUUCUUAGCCGAAAGUCGAAAUAUUUCAAAUGGUCAAGACGCGUGCCCAAAAUCUCGUCUCGUGACGCGUUUGCCGCUUUUUUAUUUCGGAACUUAAAACUUAAACUGGUCGCAAAGUCCGACCUUGACACUCACUUUUCUAAACAAUCAGCUCGGUUCCGAAUCCGAGACCAUUUUUUGGUCUCUGCUUUUUGGCCAGCAUCUCGUCUUCUUUCUCGGCCGCUUUACAAACCGCCCGUCAGUCUUCCGCCGGACCGGAGAUGGAACGCACGGAUCGCGUCCGCUGAACAGUGAUCAUCCAUAUUUACCCAGAGCUAAUCGCUCCAACUAAAAGCUCUCGAAAACUCUUGCCCAAUCGCUUAAACCACAAGUGCAGCGUGCAAACAAUAAAACAAACCAGCCAAACAAAAGUGCAUAAAAAACAUACAAAAACGUGUGCCUGUCCAUGCAACUGAAUAUUUUAAUACAUAAUUAGCCAAAGAUCGUGGAAGCAUCUCAGAGUGGAAGUGUAUUUACUAUAUAUAUAUAUCUGUGUAUAUAGAUGGCAAAAAUGUGGCAGGGAAUCGUGUGGAGCUUGACUUUCUGCCUCGUUGGAUUGGCGGGUUUCGGCCUCGCCAACAAUCUCGCCGGCUACGAAGGUUAUACCAAAUACACUGUGCAACAUGGCGAUGAGGAUGCCUUCCGCUACAUGGUGGAUCUGCAGACGAGCGACGCGGAGCUGGACUUCUGGCUGCUGACCAGAAAUUCCUCGGUGCUGACGGUGAGCCCCAAGCGGAAGAAUCAGUUCGAGGCUCGUCUGUCCAGUUUGGGAGUCAGCUACCAGAUGCAGCCCCUAAUGGAGCUGAUGGAGGCCCUUCAGGCCAACAGUUCCUAUGCCGAGGACAAUUACGAUGGCGAGUACGAGGAGUGUCAGCAGGAGGAUUGCGAAGAGGCAGAGCGUCCACGCCGAAGGACUCGUCGCCAGGCUCGCGGCUUCUUCUCGCACUAUCCUCGGUACCAUGAGGUGCUGAGCUUCAUGAGCGGACUGGCCUCCAGAUAUCCGCAGUACUGCCGCUACGAAUCCCUGGGGCGUUCCAAUGAGGGUCGCCAUAUAGCUGCCUUGUCCAUUUCCCUGAACAGUAGGAUUCGUCCCCGUCGAGUGGCCUAUAUCCAGGCAGCCACCCAUGGAAGGGAGUGGAUCACCACGCAGACGGUUCUCUAUUUGGCUUACGAACUGCUCAGCAAUCUGCGCGCCUUCACAAGGGUCCUGCAGGAUGUGGAGAUCUUCCUGGUGCCACUUGUCAAUCCCGAUGGCUAUGAGUACACCCACACGACGGAUCGUUUCUGGCGCAAGAACCGUCACCGUUAUGCGGGUCAUUCCUGCUCCGGCGUGGAUAUCAAUCGUAACUUUGGAAACCACUGGAACUACCAGGGAGCCAGUCAGAACCUCUGCUCGGAGGUUUACUCGGGCACAUCGCCCAAUUCGGAACCGGAGACCUCGGCCGUUGUGAGAUAUUUGGAAUUCAAUCGAAACCGUGUGAAACUCAGCCUGGAUGUUCACUCAUUUGGCAAAUUCAUUUUUUAUCCCUACGGCUAUGCGAAAAAUACCGUGCCACCCACCGUGGGAACGCUGCGUUCGGUGGCUCUGAGGGCCGCCAACCAGAUCGGCAGGUACCGCGGCACCCGCUACACCACCGGAACCUCCGCCUCCAUUUUGUACGAGGCCUCCGGCAGCUUGGAUGAUUACGCCUAUGGAAACCUGGGCAUCCCCCUGUCCUACACGCUAGAGCUGCCCGGUGACGAGUUCCACGUGCCCGCCCACGACAUCAUCCACGUCUGCAAGGAGACAUUCGCCGGCUUCAUCGAGUUCAUCCGGCACGUCAGCCUCUACUAGAUGAGGCUCCCGCAUUUCCUAAACUGUUUAAGCAAUUGAAUUUAUUGUUUGUUAAAUAUAAAAUAAUUAGUGACCUCGUUGUUAAGCA